AUGUCGGGCCGAGAGCCCUCCGCGGGGGAGGGAGGGGGCGCACCCCUGACCCACUUUUCCCGACGCCCCUGCUCCAGCCCCCGCCCCACCCGGUGGCCCAGGGCGCCGCGGGCCCCAGCGGAGGGGAAGGGGACUAAGUGGGGAAGAAGCUGUAAACAGCCCCAGCGUCCGGGCCUCGCCUCGAAGAGCCCCGCUUUCCAGGCCCCGCCGCGGGCCACCCCGGCCCCCAGCCCGCCCCGGGGCCGCCGCGCCCGGGGUCCGGGACACCGGAGGGGAGUCGGGUCCCCUCCCCGGAGAGCUCCGGGAGCUCGCGGAGCGGCCCCAGGAGCAGAGAAGGGGGAAGUCAGGACUUACCUGUCAUUACUUUCUACGCCAUCUUGGAUCCACUUGUCAACGUCCCCACAAAGCAUUAUGGCAGGCGACGCGGAGCUGCUCGCGGAUUUAUUUGUGCGCGUGGAUGUGAGCCUUUCUGCUCCUGCGGCCGCGCUUCCAGGAAGCCAGCGAGAGGCCGGGGUCGCCUUCAGGGCCCGGCAGACCAGCUCCGCACCCGCCGCCCGGAGAGGUGCCUCUGCCCUAGGAAACCGCCCCGGGGCCGUCGGGCUCCGGGAACUGGGAGGACGCCGUGUCCCCGAGUCCACCAGCGUCGAAGCACGAUUUAAAAAAAAAAAAAAAUGAGCCAAAUGCAACUU